GGUCCCUGGUCUUGCUGCUGAGUGUGCAGCGCCCAGCCCGUCCCUGCAGGGGAUGGGACAUCACCUGAAAGGAGCUGCCGGUGUCGCCUGCGGGGGAAUCCGCCUCGGCUGAUCUCCCCGCGGGAUUUGCCCUGCCUCUGUUGUUCGAGCCGAGCGUGUGUGUGCAUGUGCGCUGACAAGAACCUCUCCGGGAGCUGUUUGCCAGACUCACCCACUUACUGGGAACCGAACCAACCACCCUUCCCCUCCCCUCACACACUCAGAAAAGCCCUGGGUGUGCAGGAGGGCUGCGGCUGMGAAGGAGCUUCCCUGCUCCCAGAGGAACCCGGAUCCGGACACCUUCCUCCGGCCCUUUCCCACCUGGACAGCCCUGGGACACGGCACAGCACAGGAUGAGAGGACCCUGAUCACCAGUGUGCCAUCACACCCUGGCCAUGCCCUGUGCUGGACACUUCCCACCCCACAGCCCCCGGUGAGCGGGGAAGGAGCCUGAGCCUCCUCCAGGUCGGGUGACUCUGGUCUCCCCCGGCUGCCAUGGAUUGGAAAACGCUGCAGGCGCUGCUCAGUGGGGUCAACAAAUACUCCACAGCCUUCGGCCGCAUCUGGCUCUCCGUGGUSUUUGUCUUCCGCGUGCUGGUCUACGUGGUGGCGGCCGAGCGYGUCUGGGGCGACGAGCAGAAGGAUUUUGACUGCAACACGCGGCAGCCGGGCUGCACCAACGUGUGCUAUGAUCACUUCUUCCCCGUCUCCCACAUCCGCCUGUGGGCCCUGCAGCUCAUCUUUGUCACUUGUCCGUCCCUCCUGGUCAUCAUGCACGUGGCCUACAGGGAGGAUCGUGAGAAGAAGAACCGGGAGAAGAACGGGGAGAAUUGCCCCAGGCUCUACAGCAACACAGGCAAGAAGCACGGCGGGCUGUGGUGGACCUACCUGCUCAGCCUCUUCUUCAAGCUGAUCAUAGAGAUCCUGUUCCUCUACCUCCUCCACAAGAUGUGGGACAGCUUCGAUUUGCCACGGCUGGUCAAGUGCUCCAACGUGGAUCCCUGUCCCAACACCGUGGACUGCUACAUCGCUCGGCCRACCGAGAAAAGGGUCUUCACCUAUUUCAUGGUGGGAGCCUCCUCCAUCUGCAUCGUCCUCACCGUCUGUGAGAUCUUCUACCUCAUCUUCAAACGAGUUGCCCGGAAGGCGAAGAAGUGGAAGAAAUCCACCAAGCGCUCCGUCAGCUACAGCAAGGCCUCCACCUGCCACUGCCACCUCAAGUCRGAGGAGAAGGACAACAAGUCCCAGACUAGAGGAGAAGAGCCGUGAGCUUGCCCAUCCCAGCCGGUUCACAUCCCCUUGGCCCAGCAGCUUUUCCAGCCUGCCGAGUCCCCGAACCCUCAAGAGUCGACCCCUGUGAAAAAUGACUAAACCCAAAAAAGUAAUGUCCCUGGGUGCCUGAGCAGACACAGGUAAGGCAAGGGCAGCCCUGGAGCUCUGCAGGCGACAGUGCCACCAGCAAGGACAUCACAACAACACACAGAUCCUGAUCCUCUGUGCCCAGCAGCUCCUCUUGGGUCCUGCAGCUCUGCUGCCCCCAUGCUGGGUGUGAGGGCACUGGUGUGAGUGUCACCCAGCACAGUGACAGCCCCCCCAGCUCACUGUGCCUCACCCACGCACAGUCCCGAGCAUCGCUUUCUUUUGUACCAAGAAAACAAAGGAAUUCCGKGCUCGGCACCGUGGCUAGAGCUGUCUUCAUGCACCCAAAGUAAUGAGAGAGAAGCAGGGCUCCAGGCUGUCAUCAACUGUUCUGCUAGCCCAGUUUGCCCAGUUUGCCCCUACUGGGUCAAGGCAGCUUCUCUCCCUUGGCCCACACAAGCACUGUGGCAAGUCCUGCCCAAAAUGCCCUCGCUGGCUCUGCUGCUUCCCUCAGUGCCUUUUGUGUCCCCUCGGACGCACAUCACACCCAGCACGAGCUACAGAUCAAAAGGUCAAUAAAUGUCAUGUUUUGAGACAGCA